AUGGUGCCCUUCUUUGUUUUAAUACUAACAUUCUUCUCGCUUGUGGGUACAUGUUUUCCUUCCUCCCUCAUUUCUGAUUUUCAUGCUCUGAUUUCACUCAAACAAGGGUUUGAAUUCGAGUCUAAUCCGGCCAUAAGUUCUUGGAAUUCUUCUAAUCCAACCUCAAUCUGUUCAUGGGCUGGAAUCAAAUGCUUCCAAGGACGUGUAAUCUCGCUUAAUGUAUCGAACUUGGCUCUUUAUGGCUCAGUUUCGCCUGAAAUUUCCAGGCUUGAUAACCUGGUGGAGCUUUUCAUUGAUGGCAACAAUUUCACUGGUGAAAUCAUUAUUGAAAAUAUGGGAAAUCUCCAAUUUCUUAACAUUUCGAACAACCAGUUUAGUGGAAAUCUGAAUUGGAAUUACUCUAGCCUGGCCAAUUUGGAGGUGUUUGAUGCAUAUAACAACAACUUUUCUGCUUUGCUUCCUGUGGGAGUGCUGGAUUUGAAGAAUCUCAGGCACCUGGAAUUGGGAGGAAAUUACUUCUAUGGAGAAAUCCCGGGGAAUUAUGGUAAUAUGAUUGGAUUAGAAUACUUGUCCCUGGCUGGAAAUGAUCUUCAGGGAAAAAUUCCUCCAGAAUUGGGCAAUCUCACUAACUUGAGGGAGAUUUACUUGGGCUAUUACAAUGUUUUUGAGGGUGGAAUUCCAAGGGAAUUUGGCAUGCUGGUGAAUCUUGUUCAUAUGGAUCUUUCAAGUUGUGAAUUGGAUGGUUCAAUCCCUCCUGAACUGGGGAAUUUGAAGUCAGUGGACACAAUUUUUCUGCAUCUGAAUAGACUAUCAGGGAUAAUCCCCAAGGAAUUAGGCAACUUAACAAGCCUGGUAAAUCUUGAUCUUUCUUUCAAUGAUCUCACUGGUGAAAUCCCAUAUGAGAUGAUCAAUCUCAAACAGCUCAGGCUUUUAAAUCUGUUCUUGAACAGAUUACAUGGGCCGAUACCAGAUUUUGUUGCUGAUUAUCCUCAAUUGGAAGUUCUUGGGCUCUGGAUGAACAAUUUUACAGGCACUAUCCCGGCAAAUCUUGGCUUAAAUCAGAAUCUGCAGGACUUGGAUUUGUCUUCAAACAAGCUCACUGGUAUCAUUCCCAAAGGGGUUUGUGCCUCAAAACAGCUUAGAGUACUAAUUCUGUAUAAAAAUUUUCUUUUUGGGUCAAUACCAGAGGACUUGGGCACAUGUUCAAGUCUUGUUAGGGUGAGGCUGGGGCAAAACUACUUGAAUGGUAGCAUCCCAAAUGGGUUCAUUUACUUGCCUGAGCUAAACUUUCUUGAAUUGCAGAACAAUAUGUUGUCGGGGAUCUUGUCUGAACGUGGUAAUUCUUCGUCAAAUCCAAGUAAAUUAGGUCAAAUGAAUCUGUCCAACAAUCAAUUUUCGGGAAUUUUGCCAUUUUCUCUUUCAAAUUUGUCUUCCCUCCAAAUCCUUUUGCUUAGUGGAAACAAUUUCUCUGGUCCAAUCCCGCCUUCUAUCGGUGAACUUCACCAAGUUCUAAAGCUUGAUCUUAGUAGAAAUUCUCUUGCUGGCAAAAUCCCACCUGAAAUUGGUAAUUGCGUUCAUCUGACUUAUUUGGACUUGAGCCAGAACAGUCUAUCCGGCUCAAUUCCACCAGAAAUAUGCAAUAAUCGAAUCCUGAAUUACUUGAACCUAUCGAGAAACCACUUGAAUGAUACCAUUCCGAAUUCAAUAGGUUCGAUAAAGAGUCUAACAACAGCUGAUUUUUCGUUCAAUGAUCUCUCUGGUAAGCUACCUGAAUCAGGCGAAUUUUCAGUCUUCAAUGCAUCUUCCUUCGUGGGCAAUCCUCGACUCUGUGGAUCCUUAUUGCACAAUCCUUGCAAUGUCACAGCACUGACUAGUACACCGGGAAAGUCCCGUGGUGCAUUCAAGCUAAUAUUCGCCCUUGGUCUUCUAAUGUGUUCUGUAGUCUUUACGGCUGCAGCUAUAAUCAAGGCUAAGUCAUUCAAGAAAAAUGCCUCUGAAUCUUGGAAAAUGACUGCAUUCCAAAAGCUCGACUUCACAGUUUCCGACGUCCUGGAAUGCUUAAAAGAUGGCAAUGUGAUCGGUCGAGGUGGUGCUGGAAUUGUCUUCCACGGCAAAAUGCCUAAUGGAGUCGAAGUCGCAGUCAAAAAACUCCUAGGAUUUAACGGCAUUAACAGCCAUGAUCAUGGAUUUCAAGCUGAAAUUCGUACACUAGGAAACAUUCGACACAGAAACAUUGUAAGACUCCUCGCAUUCUGUUCCAACAAGGACACAAACCUUCUUGUGUACGAAUACAUGAGAAAUGGAAGUUUAGGAGAGGCAUUACAUGGGAAAAAAGGUGGAUUCUUGAGCUGGAAUAUUAGGUACAAGAUUGCAUUGGAUGCUGCAAAGGGAUUGUGCUAUUUACAUCAUGAUUGCUCCCCAUUGAUCCUGCACAGAGAUGUCAAAUCCAAUAAUAUUUUGUUGAAUUCUAGUUUUGAAGCUCAUGUUGCAGAUUUUGGGCUGGCUAAGUUCUUGGUAGAUGGGGGUGCCUCCCAGUGCAUGUCAGCAAUUGCAGGGUCUUAUGGCUACAUUGCACCAGAAUAUGCAUACACGUUGAAAGUGGACGAAAAAAGUGAUGUUUAUAGCUUCGGAGUAGUCCUUUUGGAGCUUAUAACUGGGCGACGUCCAGUGGGCGAAUUUGGAGAAGGUGUGGAUAUCGUAAGGUGGAUCAAACAAGCAACAGAUUGUCGAAGAGAGCAAGUUACUGAUAUCAUCGAUCCAAGGUUAACCGCAGUGCCUCACGAAGAAGCCAUGCAUUUAUUUUUCAUUGCAAUGCUUUGUAUUCAAGAAAAUAGUGUUGAAAGGCCAACAAUGAGAGAGGUAGUUCAAAUGCUCUCGGAAUUCCCCCGUUCGCCAGAAUUUCAAUCCUCAUCGUCCAUCGCCUAUCAGCAACCGAAGAAGAAAACCUAA